AUGUAUUCAUUUGUCUAUUUGUCUCUCGGCCGUGGCUGGCAUUUGUACUCUUUUCCCCCAACCGUCUCGCCUCCAGCUCCGUCCAGUUUCCCAACUACCGUCCAGACUCGCAGUCUGAACGCCACCUCGAUUGAGGUCUCCUGGAGUCCGCCUGGCAUUCGUCAGCGCAACGGUCGUCUCACGGGCUAUCAAGUGCGCUACUUCGAGGUCGCCGAUCCUGUUGGUACAGAUCGGAUAGCCAGUCUUCCCAGAGACAGACAGCGUCGCCUGCAAGUCCACGCGCUCAAGGUGAACACGUACUACGCGUUUGCAGUACGCGCCAUCAACGCAAACGGCGAGGGUCCCUGGUCGGGAUUCAGCAAUCACAAGACCAAUCUGAAAUGUAAAUCAACUGGUUGA